AUGGAAAUCGAAGUUGGAAAUGUGCGUCCUUUUAGUGUUAAAUCUUAUUUGGAUGAUGUCUAUGAUAGACAAAGUCAUAGUGGACAGCAUGAAAGUCUUCGACAUCGAUAUUUAAUUUCUUCUCGUCGUUCAAAAUUUUUCAACUAUUGGUGGAAGUUACCCCUUUGGUUUGGUUCAUUUUUUAUUCUUUUUGGUAUCUCUCUGCUUCUAAUUGGUUUUUUACUUCCACGAAAAAAAAUCGAUAUUAAUUCUCAAUCUAUUAUCAUUGAUCGACAAGCAAUUGCUUAUAAUACAAAUUUAGAUAGAAGUCAUUUAUGUGGAAUAUGUUUUGUUGUAGCUGGUAGUGCUUUAUUUUUCCUAUCACUUAUCAUAUCUACGUUUCGCAAUAGAUGUUGUGCUGCUAGUAGAGAUUCAAAUGAUGAAAUAGAUUCAUGA